CGAGGCCUCGCCACCUGCGUGCUCACAGUGCUUACUGUCUACUUCCAUUUUUCUUGUCUUUUCUCUAAAACCCUCUUCACGCAAUGGAAGCUUCUCUACCUAAAAACCCCUCUAAAAGGCCAGCGGAGUCAGUCGAUGAUGACGAAGAGGGGUUCAAGCCGGACGCUAAGAAGCAGAAGAGAUGCUUCACGGAAUUCGAGCCCCGAAGCUAUCAGGUUAUGGUGUUCGAAGUGGCAAUGCGGAGGAACACCAUCGCCGUUCUCGACACAGGCGCGGGGAAGACCAUGAUUGCGGUGAUGAUGAUUAAGGAGAUUGGGAAGGACCUUAGGUUGAAGGGGGAUAGGGGCCUCAUUGUCUUCCUUGCUCCUACUGUACAUCUUGUCACUCAGCAAUAUGAGGUGAUAAAAGUUCAUACCGAUCUUAAAGCUGCUAGCUACUAUGGGGAGAAGGGGAUUGAUCAGUGGGAUGAGAAGGACUGGGAGAAAGAGAUCUCUACUUACCAAGUAAUGGUGAUGACACCUCAAAUUUUAUUAGAUUCAUUAAGAAAAGCUUUCUUACCAAUGAAUGUGGUGCGAUUGAUGGUGUUUGAUGAGUGCCAUCGCGCCACUGGUAACCAUCCUUAUACUAGGAUAAUGAAGGAAUUCUAUCACAAGUCUCUACAAAGGCCAACAAUUUUUGGAAUGACAGCAUCACCUAUUAUAGGAAAAGGUGUUUCGUCAGUUAUGGAAUGUGAAGAUAAGCUUUCUGAACUUGAAAGCAUUUUAGAUGCAAAGAUAUACACAGUUGCUGACAGGAGUGAAAUGGAUGUAUAUAUUCCUUCUGCAACACAAGUUAAUAUAUAUUAUGAUCCCGAGUUGUUUAUUCAUCAUUGUUUAAAAACGAAGCUGGAAUUGUUAUUGAAAAAGUUUGAUGCUGCUGUUAUCUCUUUGAGUAGCUCUGUAUUGCAUCAUUAUAGUGACUCUGAAGAUAUUCUGAGAAGAUCCAGAAUGAGAUUGUCCAGAUGGCAUGCAAAAUUUUGUUAUUGCCUGGAUGAACUUGGAUUGGUUUGUGCCAGUGAGGCUACUAAAAUAUGUUCAGAGAAAAUCCUUCGUCCAUAUUCUGCAGACUCCAAGGAUUUUGCUGCAGAGUGUUUGGAAAGAUGCAAAUCCUUUGUUGAGCAGUCUAGGAAUUUAUUUAACGAAAGUUUACCUGAAGGUUAUGACAUUCUUCUAAAAUCUGGAACUUGCCGUCCAGAAGCCAAGGAAUUGGGUUAUAUGUCUUCCAAGUUGAGCGAGCUGAUGUGUAUUUUUCAAUCAUUUGACACUUCCAGAGAAGUUCGCUGCCUUGUAUUUGUUGAAAGAAAAAUUACAGCUAAAGUGAUAGGGUGCAUGAUUGAGAAAAUUAAUAUUUUAUCAAAUUUGAAAGUUUCUUAUUUGACUGGAGGAGGUUCUUCAGUAGAUGCAUUAACACAAAAAACUCAAAAGGAUACCUUGGACUUAUUUCGUCGUGGAAAGGUGAAUAUAUUGUUCACUACUGAUGUAGCUGAAGAGGGGCUUCAUAUACCAGAAUGUUCAUGUGUCAUUCGUUUUGACUUGCCAAAAACAGUUCGUAGCUACGUUCAGUCGAGGGGGAGAGCUCGCCAAUUUGGUUCCCAAUACAUUAUUAUGCUUGAACGGGGAAAUAUUCAACAAAGGAACCUGUUAUUUGACAUUAUGAGGAGUAGGCAUUCAAUGAUGGAUGCUGCUCUUAGUCGAGAUCAAGAUGCUUUGAUUCCAAAAACAUUCAGCUGCGAAGAAAUAAAUACAUAUCGCGUUGAUUCAACUGGAGCAUCUGUGACUGCUGAUGCAAGUGUUAGCCUUAUCUAUAAAUACUGUGACAAGCUGCCCAGAGACAAAUAUUUCACUCCGCGGCCGGCUUUCCAAUUUGAUGUUUGCAGUGGGGCUUAUGAGUGUACGAUUACUUUACCAGCCAAUGCUGCAUUUCGGUCCUUAGCUGGUCCUUUCUGUAAAAAUUCUCAUCUAGCGAAGCAACAGGCUUGUUUGGAGGCUUGUAAGCGACUGCAUCAACUUGGUGUUUUAGAUGAUCAUCUUAAUCCUAUAAUUGUAGAGCCAUUGGAAUCUGAGGUUGAUGAAAAAACAAAACAAAAUACCAAUGGUAUAGGAACAACGAAGAGAAAAGAACUCCAUGGAACAACCAUUGUCCAUGCGAUAUCAGGAACUUGGGCGUACCAGAAGACUGGUACUGUCACUUUACAAGGAUACAAGAUAAAGUUUGUGUGCAAUAACAUAAACUACAAAUAUUCUGGAUUCAUUUUGUUGCUUGAUACUGUUCUUGAUGAAGAUGUUGGCUGUUUGGAUAUGGAUCUUUAUUUGAUUGAUAAGACGGUGAAAGCCUCCAUUUCCCCAUGCGGACCUAUUCAGCUGGAUAUUCAGCAGAUGGAGCGAGCAAAACUAUUCCAAGAACUAUUUUUUAAUGGCUUGUUUGGCAAAUUAUUUAAAGGAUCAAAAUCUCGUGGACAGAAGAGGGAGUUUCUGCUAAAAAGCGAGAGCAAAUCGAUGUGGAGCAGUUCCAAGAUGUACAUGCUUUUACCACUUAAAACUUCAGGCCAACAACAUCAUGAUGAAGCACAUAUAAAUUGGGAUGGAAUUGAUGCUACUUUUUCUGUGGUGGAAUUCAUGUCAAUGAUUUACUCAUCAGGAGCAGAAAGUGAUCAACUGUGGAAAAAUCUAGUUCCAUUUGUUUCAAGUAAUGUUUCUGAUGAGUCUAGUAUCAUCCACCUUGCUGAUAAGCUUGUGCAGGUUCAAAGUGUUAAAGACUUGGUAGUUAUGGCGGUUCACACUGGCAAACUCUAUACUGUUCUUGAUGUUGUAACUGGUUCAUCCGCUGAUAGUUCGUUUGAUGCACCCGAAUUUGCUACAUUUAAAGACUACUUUAGCAAGAAGUAUGGAAUUGUGCUUCAGCUUCCGGGGCAACCAUUGCUGCUUUUGAAGCAUAGUCAUAAUCCUUACAACCUUCUGUCUUCUUCCAGCCAUAUUGAAGGAGGCUUAACUACUAAAAAGACAAAGUUUAGAAAUAACAGUGCAACUAAGUCACAAAAUCAUGUGCGAAUGCCUCCAGAACUUCUGGUUCACAUUGAUGUUCCCUUGGAUGUGAUAAAAUCUUUCUACUUAUUACCUUCCUUGAUGUAUCGAAUGGAAUCCCUGAUGUUAGCUAGCCAGUUAAGAAAGGAAAUUGGUUACCAUUCUGUUUGUUCUUCUGUAUCAAGUGCUUUGAUAUUGGAGGCGAUAACAACAUUAAGAUGCUGCGAGGACUUCUCCCUGGAGCGCCUUGAACUUCUAGGGGACUCUGUACUGAAAUAUGCGGUGAGCUGCCAUCUUUUUCUAAAAUUUCCCAAGAAACAUGAAGGUCAAUUAUCUGCUCGCAGAUCACAGUUAGUUUGUAAUGCCACUCUUCAUAAAUUCGGAGUGCAACAAAAUUUGCAGGGUUACAUACGUGAUGCUGCAUUUGAUCCACGCCACUGGGUUGUUCCUGGUCAAGUCUCUCUUCAUCCUGUUCCAUGUAAAUGUGGAGUUGAUACUCUAGAGGUGCCAUUGGAUGGGCAACAUGUGUCCGAGGAUAAAUCUAUUGUGAUUGGGAAGGCUUGUGAUAAAGGGCAUAGGUGGAUAUGCUCCAAAACAAUAUCUGAUUGCGCUGAAGCACUUAUUGGUGCAUACUAUGUCGGAGGUGGACUUAGUGCCUCCCUUGCUGUGUUGAAAUGGUUAGGUGUUGAAACUAGUCUGGAGCUGGAAAUGGUGGAAGAAGCAAUAAGGCCUCUCUCACUAAGGAACUAUUUACCCAAACUUGAUGAGAUUGAAAAUCUGGAAAAGAAGGUUGGGUAUAAAUUCAAAACAAAAGGCCUUUUACUGGAGGCCAUGACUCAUGCUUCCCAACUUGAAUUAGGAGGUAUCUGGUGCUAUCAGCGGCUUGAAUUUCUUGGCGACUCGGUGUUGGACAUCCUGAUUACAUGGCUUCUCUUUCAGCGCCAUACAGAUAUUGAUCCCGGAGAGUUAACUGACUUGCGAUCAGCAUUGGUUAACAAUGACCACUUUGCUCAAGUUGCAGUAAAGCAUAAGCUUCAAGUGCAUCUUCUACAUGGUUCUGGAUUGCUUUUAGAACAGAUCACAGAAUAUGUAAAACUGUAUGAGGAAUCUAGAAAGGAUGAGCAUACAUCUUGGCAAAAUAGGCCACUGAAGGCUCCCAAGGUUCUUGGAGACCUGGUUGAGAGUAUUGCUGGUGCCAUACUGAUUGAUACGAAGCUUGAUCUUGAUAAAAUAUGGGUUAUCUUUGAACCCCUGUUUUCACCUAUUGUAACACCUGCAAGUCUUGAGUUGCCCCCAUUUCGGGAAUUGUCAGAGUUAUGUAGUCAUUCUGGCUAUUUCUUAAAUGUGUCAUGCAUUGAUGAGGAAGAUAUGGUGCUUGCUACACUUGAUGUACAACUGAAGGAUGUUUUGCUGGUCAGACGAGCACGCGAUAAAAACAGAAAGUCUGCCAAGGGACAGGCAGCUCUUCUGUUACUGAAGGACAUGGAGGAAAGAGGAUUCUUACAUUCUCGACAUGCUUCGAAGAGCGAAAAACAUGAAGGACAAAUUCUCAACUCAAAGCAGUCAGGAAGAGACUCUGUGUUAACAGAGCUUACACAGGUCACAGAGGAUAUGGAUGUUGCACCACUGCUAAAUGGCAAUGGGCCCUGUCCACCAGUAGUGGAUUUACCAGUCAAACUGAAAAAGGGCGGACCGCGUACUGCAAUUUAUGAACUUUGCAAACGUUUUCAUUGGCCUAUGCCUAGCUUUGAUUCAGUUGUCAAGCCAAGUGGUGUUGAUGGGAAGAAGGGGGUUCUUAAGUUCAUUUCAAGUAUCACAAUGCAUUUUCCUGAUUCAAGCAUGAUCAAGCUGGCAGGAGAGAGCAGAUUAGAUAAGAAGAGUUCACAGGAUUCAGCUGCGCUAGUUAUGCUCUAUGAGCUGGAAAGACUUGGGAGAUGCAGCAUACACGAAGUUUGAUUGGUAGAUUCGGACUUUUUAGAAGAAAAACGUAAAAAUCUUUCAAUACUGUAGUUAGUUAGAUGCAAUCAGAUCCACAAUAUUGUUCUCUCGAUGGCCAAUUUUUUUUUUUCUGUACAUAUGUAGUAAUUGAAAAGGUACCAUUGUUUAACUCAUUAAACAUUUUCCAGCAAUAAAAAAAAUGUUAACGGCUCUCUCUUUA